AUGGAGGUCAUCGACCUGGAAUCCACCUCAACUGCUGACGCAGUUCUGGCCGCGGUCAAAAAAGCCAUUCUUGAAGCAGGCAAAGGAGACGCCAAAGUAGCUGCUGCUUGCGGCGACAUCUCUGUCACCUCCAUGUGGAGACUCACAAAUGGUCAGCAAGUUGCGAAGGUCAGAGUACCCAGAUCGGUGAAACCCACAGAGGUCAGUCGUGUCAGGGUCGGCUGGACAAACUGCCGCUUCAGAAUCCGUCGCCCAGAAGCCAUCAGGUGCUUCAAGUGCCAUGGCUUCGGGCACACUCAGGGCAGAUGCUCCGGCCUUGAUAUGAGCGACUCCUGCCGCAAAUGUGGGGACAAGUCCCACAAAGGAGAAGGAGUGCCUUUCUGGAAAAUGCGUUGCCUGUGA